AUGACGGAAGGGCUAACUGAUUUAUGGGAAAAUUUUAACCUAACGGAGGAAGAAAAUUUGGAGGUGGCGGUGGAUCCAAGACUGGUAGACGAGACAUUAGCAGAGGGGAAUAAUUGCUUGAUCGGAAAAUUACUAUCUCGGAGACCUGUCAAUGUAGAGGUGAUGAGAAACGUGAUGCAUAUGGUGUGGAAAUUGGCUGGGGGUCUGCAGGUGAGGGAGAUCGGAGAAAACCUUUUUAUCUUUCAAUUUGAAUCUGACUUGGAGAAGGAAAGAGUCUAUCAACAGACUCCGUGGAACUUUAACAAGGCUCUUCUGGUACUGAAGUCUUAUGAUGCCUAUGAUUGUGUCGAGGAUAUCAAGUUGGAUGGUUGUUCUUUCUGGAAACAAGCUCAUGAUCUUCCUUUGGGUUUUAUGAAUGAAAGUAUUGGAAGAGUGAUUGGAGAAUCGUUUGGAACGGUAGAGGAAAUUGAUACUUGUGGUGAUAAAAUUGCUUGGGGAAAAUUCUUACGGUUUCGAGCGAGAUUGAAUGUGACCAAACCAUUGAGAAGAGGAAUGAUCUUGACAGCUCCUAAUGGAGGAAAAAUUCUAAUUAGCUUUCGUUAUGAGAAGCUACCAGAUUUUUGCUAUGUUUGCGGAUGCUUGACUCAUGUGGAGAAUGAAUGUGAGAAAGCGGUGGUUAUGAGGAGGGAUAAGGGAAAGAUAAUAAAAGAGUAUGGUCCGUGGUUGAGAGCAGAAGUUCCCCGAUCUAAGAGUGUGAAAUUCGAUGGUCCAGGUAUAAGUGAGACCCGUACUGGAAGAGAGGAGGAGAAGAAAGACUCGGUGAAUAAACGACGGGAAGGGGAGGGGUGCAAAGGUCGGAAAGGACAGUCUUUGUUAAAAUUGAAAGCAGCAAGAGACAAUGAAGAUUCAUCAGAUUUUCAAGAUGACACUGAUGGAUUAAGUGCAACAAAUAAGGAGCAGGUUACGGGAAAGCAUCAUGUUGGUGAUUCUCAACAGAAAUUACUAGAGAAGAGCCAUGGUUCAGAUAGUCCUGUAGGUGCAAAGAAGAAGGUCUUUUCGAAAGGGAAUAGUGGAAGUCAGGAUGUGGUUAUGGAGGAUGGUUUAGCUACUAAAGGUGACCCAAGCUUUGUAUUCAAGGCCGUGAAUGAAUCCUCCAAUUCUGGUGGUGGAAGCAAAAUAAAAAAGAAGUGGAAGAGGGCAGCAGUUACGGUUUCUAGGAUGGAUAAGGGCUCAAAUGAUCAGCUGCAUAAAGUCACAGGGCAGAAGAGGGAAGGGUCGAAAGGUGAUUUAAUGGAGGCUAGGAAGAAGAGUAAGGAGGAUGGUGAGGUGGAUUCUGAUAGAAGAAGUGGAGGUUUAGCGUUACUAUGGAAGGAAGAGUGGGAGGUUUCGAUUAUGAGCUAUUCAAAUUCUCACAAUGAUGCUAUUGUUGUUGAUGGGAAGGGUUCUUUGCCAUGGAGAUUUACGGGUUUCUAUGGCAAUCCGAUUACUCAUAGGAGGGGAGAAUCGUGGGAUUUAAUUAGAACUUUAAAAGGGCAAAGUUCAUUGCCUUGGGUCAUAGGAGGUGAUUUCAAUGAAAUUAUGGAUGGAUCAGAAAAGGUGGGAGGAUCAAUUAGGCCUUUCUCACAAGUUCAGCAUUUUCGAAACAUGAUCUUGGACUGUGAACUUGAACAUUUGAAGGUUGUAGGCCCGGAGCUAACAUGGAGAAGAGGAAGAGGUGAAAAUGCAGUGUUUGAAAGGUUGGACAGAUUUCUUGUUUCUGGUUCAUGGAGGGAUCGGUUUGGGAAGAAAGAUAAUGCAAUGCUGAAGAUUAAGGAUGCGAGGGGUAAAUGGUGUGUCGAGGCGGAUGAUAUUGAACAGGUUUUUGUAGAUUAUUUUGAGAAGCUGUUUACUUCUUCACAUAGCCGAAUCCCAAAGAGCUUCUGCGACAAUAUCAAAACCAGGCUAUCUAUGGAUCAUUUGGAGGUGCUAUCAAAAUCUUGGGAGGCGUCGGAGGUGAAGGCAGCAAUAGACCAAAUGAAUCCAUCCAAGGCAUCUGGGCCCGAUGGAAUGACUGCCAUGUUUUAUCAGAAAUACUGGGAUGUUUUGGGUACUGAGAUUGUUUCAAAAGUUCUUGCUAAUCGAUUCAAGCAAAUUUUGCCUGAUAUUAUUAGUGAGAAUCAAAGUGCCUUUGUACCUGGAAGAUUAAUUUUUGAUAAUGCUUUAGUAGCAUAUGAGACUGUCCAUUAUUUGAAGAGUAAGAAAGGUGGUAAGGUGGGCAACAUGGCAUUGAAGUUAGAUAUGAGCAAGGCAUAUGAUAGGGUUGAAUGGAAUUAUUUGGAACAGGUGAUGAGGACUAUGGGAUUUCCGAGUUCAUGGAUUUCAUUAAUCAUGACGUUUGUUCGUACUGUCUCUUAUUCGGUGAUUGUUAAUGGAAAGAAAUGUUGUAAUUUUGCUCCAUCUCGUGGAAUCCGUCAAGGUGAUCCUAUUUCUCCUUAUCUUUUCCUGCUCUGUGUUGAAGGAUUAUCUGCUUUAUUGAAUAAUGCAGAUACACAAGGGAUGAUACAAGGAGUUUCAGUAUGUCGUGCAGCACCAAGGAUUACUCAUCUCCUUUUUGCAGAUGAUAGUUUAUUGUUUGGUAGGGCAUCGAUAACGGAAGCUGAUGCUAUUCUAGAUCUACUUAAACAAUAUGAGCAGGCAUCUGGGCAAUUUGUGAAUAUUGAUAAAUCUGCAGUUUAUUUCAGCAAUAAUACUACUUUGGCAGAUAGGGAAGCAAUUAAGCAGAAAUUAGGAGUCUCCAAGUCGUUGGAUGGGGACAAGUAUUUGGGUAUGCCGAUCCUUAUCGGUAGGGAGAAGAAGCCUCACUUCCAACAUAUUAAGGAUAGAAUAUGGAGACGUAUUCAUUACUGGCAGAGUAAGCUUUUUUCGGCUGCAGGCAAAGGAGUUUUGAUACAAGCAGUAGCCCAAGUUGUCCCUGUAUAUGCGAUGAGCUGCUUCAAAUUCCCAAAGACUUUUGUUAAGGACCUUAAUUCAAUCUUAGCUAGAUUUUGGUGGAGUCAUGGUAAAAGCAGUAAGGGAAUUCCGUGGGUUGCAUGGGAAGAUUUAAGUGUUUUUAAGCUCGAUGGAGGACUGGGGUUCAGAGAUUUUGAAGCUUUCAAUUUGGCAUUUUUGGCAAAGCAAGGGUGGCGUUUUAUUCAUAACACUACAACUUUGUGUUAUAAGGUUUUUCGAGCAAAAUAUUUUCCAAUUGGUUCAUUUAUGAAUGCUAAAUUGGGAAGUAAUCCAUCCUAUGUAUGGCGUAGCAUUUUGGAAGGAAGAGAGGUCUUGAAAUUGGGCACUAGAUGGCGAAUUGGGGAUGGGAUGUCGGUUAAAAUCAUGGAAGAUACAUGGGUACCUAGCCUGCCAUUAGAAAAACCUAGCUCAAUUGCUCCAAAUAUUCUUGAUUAUGGUUUGGUUACUGAACUCAUAGACCAUGAUGAAAGGCAUUGGAAGGAAGACCUUUUAUAUGAGCUGUUCCAACCGACUGUAGUUGAAGCAAUCUUGGAUAUAAGCCUAAGCUCUCAUCGGGUAGAAGACAAAUUGAUAUGGGCUGCAUCGAAAUUAGGGAUGUUCACCGUAAAAUCUGCUUACCAUGUAGCUCGGAUUAUGUUGGAUCGUGAAGUGGUCGAUGUGGAGCUUCGAAAUCCUUUGUGGAAGUUGUUGUGGACAGCAAGGGUUUCUCCAAAGGAUGUUUUCUUCGAGUGCUACUAUGCAAGAUCGGUGUGGAAUGAUAUAGCUCCAUGGAUGGAAGAUUUUGUGUUGACAAAUGAAUCUGCUGAAGAUUUUUGCUUCAAUCUUUGUGUCCUUGCCACACAAAAGGGUUGCUUAGAUAAGAUUUUCAUUUGCCUGUGGAUGUUGUGGUUUAACAGAAACUCAUGUCUUCAUGAAGGAAAAUGUAUUUUGAGCUCACAACUUGUCCAUAAAGUGGUUUUAAUGGUGAAAGAAUUUGAGGAAGGGAUGAAGUCUUUAUAUGGUGAUCAGCCGGUUAUCCAAGGACACCAUAUCACCAAGUGGACACCGCCAAGAUCAGGUUUGCUUAAGCUUAAUUGUGAUGCUGCAUUUAAUCAAUCAACAGGAAUAACUACAUUAGGAAUGGUGCUGCGGGAUGAAGCUGGAUCGGUAAUCCUGGGAGGAGUAAGUCGAGUUUCAGAAGCUGAUAAUGUGAUGCAUGCUGAAUGUUUAGCUAUCCUGUUUGGACUUGAAGUUGCUUGGGAGCAUGGACAUAUUUCUUUGUUAGUUGAAUCAGACAGUAAACAGGCUAUCGAGGAGAUUAGAAAGGGUUAUGAAUCGCUUUGGAUGGGAGCUUCCAUAAUCCAUGAUAUUUUAACUUUUUCUACCCAAUUUAAUUUUAUCUCUUUCGAUCAUGUAAGAAGGGAAGCAAAUGUGCUUACCCAUGAUAUUGCUCAUUCUAAAUGUAGAGAGGGAGAGCAGAGAGUAUGGUUUCAGGUUCGAGACCUUGCGUACGCAGCACCCCCUGUUGGGAGACUCACCCACCAUAACCAGGUCACUUAA